UGGAGUGGGGAGUGAUAUAUAAACACAAGGCUGCUGAUGGUGAGUGUGCUGGAGAGGAGCGUCAGAGCGGGACAGUGAGAGAGGCGAUGUUCCGCUGCAGUCUGAGGGCCCGUCUGGCUCCGUGUCUGUCCGGACAGGUCAGAGAUGCUCACACGGGACAGGUACCUGCUGUUAGAAAGGACAACUCUGCUGUACAGCCCUUCAAUGAGAUUCCCGGACAAUGGAGGAACAGCGUGGCCAAUCUCUACAUGUUCUGGAGAAUGGACGGCCUCAGGAAUAUCCACCGCAUUAUGCUGCACAAUUUCAAUAAAUAUGGUCCUAUUUACAGGGAAAAGGUUGGGUACUACGAGAGUGUGAACAUCAUCAAGCCUGAAGACGCUGCUGUCCUGUUCAAAGCUGAGGGUCAUUAUCCCAAGAGACUCAGGGUGGAAGCGUGGACCUCCUACAGGGACUACAGGAACCGCAAAUAUGGCGUCUUGCUCAAAGACGGAGAGGACUGGAAAUCCAACAGGAUCGUUCUGAACAAGGAGGUGAUUUCUCCAAAGGUGCAGGGGACCUUUGCGCCUCUGCUGGAUGAGGUCAGUCAGGACUUUGUGGCGCGUGUCUAUAAGAAGAUCGAGAGGAGUGGACAGAAUGAAUGGACCACAGAUCUGUCCCAUGAGCUCUUCAAGUUUGCACUGGAAUCGGUGAGUCAUGUGCUGUACGGUGAGCGUUUGGGUCUGCUGUUGGACUACAUCGAUCCAGACGCCCAGCACUUCAUUGACUGCAUCACCCUGAUGUUUAAGACCACCACGCCCAUGCUGUACGUCCCGCCGGCUCUGCUCCGCCACACCGGGGCCAAAGUCUGGAAGGACCACGUGGAGGCCUGGGAUGGCAUCUUUAACCAGGCCGACCGAUGUAUCCAGACUAUCUACAGACAGCUGAGGAAAAAUCCAGAUGCUGGUGAGAAAUACCCUGGUGUGCUGGCCAGCCUCCUAAUGCUGGACAAACUGUCCAUCGAGGACAUAAAGGCCAGCAUCACGGAGCUGAUGGCUGGCGGCGUGGACACGACGUCUAUCACAUUGUUGUGGACGCUCUAUGAAUUGGCGCGACAUCCGGACCUGCAGGAGGAGAUCCGGGCCGAAAUCUCAGCCGCUCGUAUCUCCUCUAAAGGAGACGUGGUGCAGAUGCUCAAGAUGGUUCCUCUGCUUAAAGGAACCUUGAAGGAAACUCUGAGGUUACAUCCUGUAGCAGUGAGUCUACAAAGAUACAUCACUGAAGACAUUGUCCUUCAAAACUACCACAUUCCAGCUGGGACCUUAGUUCAGCUGGGUCUCUACGCUAUGGGUCGUAAUCACCGGAUCUUCCCGCACCCGGAGCAGUACCGUCCCUCUCGCUGGCUCCGAACCCAGAGCCACUACUUCAGGAGCCUGGGCUUCGGUUUUGGUCCACGCCAGUGUCUGGGCCGUAGGAUCGCAGAGAACGAGAUGCAGAUCUUCCUUAUUCAUAUGCUGGAGAACUUCAGGUUUGAGAAGCAGAGGCAGGUGGAGGCCAAGAGCACGUUUGAGCUCAUCUUGCUGCCCGAGAAGCCCAUCAUCCUCACCAUCAAACCGCUGAACGCCAGCAGAUAGCAGAGCUGCAAACAGGAAAUGAUGUCAAAGACAGAACUGGAAGGAACACUGAGCUUUGAAGUCGGAAAACAUUCAACUCUGAUAUGAAAUGCCUGUCAAACGUUUGGACUCAAUUUAUGUUUCUCGUGACCUUAAAGGGACAGUUCACACAAAAAUGAAAAUUCUGUCAUCGUUUACUCACCCUCAUGUAGUUUCAAACCUGUAUGAGUUUUUCUUCUUUGAAACAUAGAAGAUAUUUUAAAGAAUUUUGGGAACGCAGAGUCAUUUUUAAAGUAUCUGCUUUUCCACAGAAGAAUAACACAUUUUGGACUGACAUGAAGGUGAGGGAAUUAUGAAAAAGUAAAAAUAUUUUGUGACUAAAAACUUUUCAUAAGAGACUUUUCAUUUUAAUUUUUAAACAAUUUUUUCUUAGCUACUCAUUUGUUUCAAAGAUUUGAUGACUUUUCUAUUAUUAUAAUAUUAGUAUUAAUAAUAAAGAAUGAGUAUAGCAGGUGUGCCCAAAUUUUUGACUGGUACUAAAUGUCAAAUAAAAAAAACAGAAAAUAAAAACAAAUAAAUUCAUAUAUAUACCCAGUAGGGGUGGGAAUCUUUUAGUAUCUCACGAUUCAAUUCAAAUCGAUUCUUGGGGUCACGAUUCGAUUAAAAAUCGAUUCAUGAUUUUUCAAUUUUUAAUCCCGAUUCACGAUUUUUCAUCAAUUUUUUUGUGCACUGGACAUCAAAUGCACCAGUAUUUUGAUACAAAAACACGGGUAGUCCUGACUCAAGUAAUCAGUGUUUCCUUUUAAUAUGAGAUGGGAGGAAAAAAUAUAUUUCAGUGCAUUCUCUCGCAAUUACAAUACCAGUCAAAAGAAAUAAAUUACAUUUUAAAAUAUAUUUGAAUAGAAAGCAGUUAUUUUAAAUAGUCAAAAUAUUUCACAAUAUUACUGCUUUUGCUGUAUUUUGAUACAAAUAAAUGCAGGCUUGGUGAACAGAAGGGAAUUAUUUAAAAAAAAAAAAUACAUUAAAAAUCUUACUGUUCAAAAACUUUUGACUGGUAGUGUAUAUCGUUGAGUAAUUAUACUGUAUAUAAAUUGUGGGCAUCAGGGAGCCAUUAUUAAUAUGCAGGCCAUUGAAAUCUCAUUUGAAUGCACGCUCGCUUUUUACUUUCACUUUCGAGAUUUUGCGAUCACAUGUACUGUGCACACUACAGAGCGGCAGUAUUUACCACACAUUUGACAAGAUUACGUUCAGGAUCUGCAAAUCAUCAGUCAUCUCUCCUUACUCUGUUUAUGUGGUAAGUGAAAUUUUAUGUAGGCCUACUGUAAUGUAAAAGGCAACUGUAAGCAAGCGGCUAACCAUGUCCCUUUCCGUAGAACGCAUUGCUCAUUUCUGUGCUUUUCCGAAUAGCAGUUUUUUGUUCCGACAACAUCAUGUUAUUAUUAUUAUUAUUAUGAUGUUAACAAGAAAAUCAGUUUUUGAAAUUUGUGAAUCGAUGCGAAUCGUUAGAAGACUGAAUCGCGAUUCAAAUGUAAAUCGAUUUUUUACCCCACCCCUAAUAUACAGUAUAUAAUAUAAAAAUGACUUGUAAAAAUAUUCUGCAAUGUUUGAAUUAAUAAAAUAAAAUAAAAAUUACAUUACU